GUACGCCUCGACCGAAACGAAACCAGGCCUUCCGACGGAGGUUAUAAAUAGACAUAAGAUCCUUGGCCUAGCCAAUGAUAGGCCUAGGCCUGGGCCUUCUUUGCAGUCAGGUCACCUUAAUUUUAUACGUUGCAGGCUGGCUCCUGCAUUGAAGGCCAGCCACGUUCUCAGCGAGGCCAACGAGGAUUAAUGCGAAAACCGGCGAUAGACCCAUGCGCGAAAAUGGCUUUCUUUUGUUGUAGUACUUUUUGCUGUGUAGUAAGUACGAACUUUGUGAGUUGAGAGGAGCUGGAAACACAUGUGACUGAACAAUUUCGAGUGCAUAAAAGGAAAAUAACUUGAAUAGAUCUACCCUGCCUGUAAAUAUGGGCAGAAAAUGUACAGUCUACAAGUGUAGAUCUGGAUAUAGAAAUCAGCCUGAAGAUCAGAAGGUGGCUGUUUACAAAUUUCCUAAAGAAACUGCAAAACGCAAAGCGUGGGCAGCCAGUUUGCCUAAUGAAUUGGAGUUAGAGGAUGUCACUGAUUUUAUGGGUGUCUGUGCUUUGCACUGGCCUGAACAUGUACAAAUGGAACAUACAACUGGAAGAGGGCCUCGCCCCGCAGUACCUCCAUCAAUUUUCCAAGAAGUGACGAAAACCGGUGUCCCCAGUGAUUUCAAAAGGAAGCCUCGACCAGCUACGAAAAAGACCACCUCGAAAUCCCGGGCUGUGGACGUUGAUCCAAUAGAUGCAUUUUUUGUUAAUGAAAAGGCUGCCGAAUGUGCCAAGAAGCUGAAAAACCUAAAGGAUUCUAUGAGAGCCCAGGUGGCAAAACUCCCAAAAACUAAGUAUGGAUUACCAGCCUUCGAAUCCAGUGACAACAUCACGUGGCCAUUUUUCAAACGGAUGCUAUUUAUGAAGAACGAAUUCCUCGGGCGAAAAAUUGUUCCAUCAAGCCUUGUGGAGUUCGAUGAAGUUGAAGAUCAAGAAGACGCCAGUGAAGCAGAGCAGAUGGACAAUACUGAUGAGGAGCCUGGCAUAACUUAUACUGUUUCUGAGCUUUCUCCUGAGCAAAGUACCUCGUCUGAUACACCCCAAAUACCUACCACACAAGACACUUGUAGGGUUUGUGAUCAAUCCUUGAAUUCUUCGACAGCGACAACAAACACACACAACAAACGUAGACGUCUUCAUAAUCAUUCCACUGAUUUUGAUUUUGAGGACGAGAGGAAACCGGUAGUCCUGGACAGAGUUACUACGACAGAUGAACUCGACACAUUUGCCUUGGAUAUAGCGAACGAUUUGAGAAAAAUAAAAGAUCCCCUCAAGCUCAUGCAGGCCAAAGCUGGCAUCCGUCGCAUAGCAGAGGAAUUUGUGAUGAACGAACUAACUUCAACUUCAUAGGACGAGAUCGACCACAACCAGACCUACACAAAAGAAUCGCGCCUUAACCUUUUGCAUUACUUAUCAGACGACAGAGAGUAUUCAGUCUUAUUCUCAGUUUUCCUGAUUCCUUUGUCCCUAGAUCACCUGCAUCAUAGUUAUUUUUUUAAAAUGUUUCAUUAAAUGUUUGAAUGAUUUUC